GAUAAUAGCGCGGAAAUGUAAAUAAAAGUUCGUACUUUUAGAUUAUAAAAGUAAUUAAAUACGAUUACAAAUUACUAAAAUGCGUCGUAGUUGGAGGGGUCGUUACAAAAACAACUGGUAUCGCAAUAAAAACAAGGCGAAUGAUAGUCCAGAUACCCGAAGUUUAAAUAAUUCUUCAGCUUCUGCUAGAACCUCAAGUAUAGCGGGAUCUUCACGAGCUCCUGCGAAUCAGUUGCCUAUUGUAGUUCCUGUAAGCAAUGAAAAGAACGCCUGGAAACUGUAUUUUCCUUCAGAAGAAUAUCCGCCGAACACCGAAACUGCUGACCAUAUAAAAACUUUCACAUCAUUUAUUGAGAAGAAUAGAAGCUUAUUUGACUUAGAAAAGAUAGAUCUAACUCGUAGUGUACCUUUAGAUAUGCAAAGCCUGUUAAAUGAUUCUGAUUUUACAAAUAGCUGGCCGUCAUUUAACACAGAAUUAUUUGAGAAACCUGAUUAUACAUUGCGACUCUUGGGAUACUGCUUGCAUGAGAAUCUCAAUUGUGAGUUCAAAAUAAAAGUCAGAAUACUGAAUCACCAGCCUGUAAUACCAUUAGCCAAUUUAAAAGUUAAUUAUUUUGGUAAAUUAGUGACAAUAAAAGGGACAGUAAUAAGAGUUGGAAGCGUUGGGUUGAUCUGUACAUCAAUGGCCUUUGAAUGCUCAAGUUGCCAUAGUGUACAAGCUAUCUUGCAACCACAGGGCGUAUUUACUGCACCUAACUUCUGUCAAAGCUGUAAAGGUGGAUCUAAGUUUGAACAAUUACAGUCAUCCCCAUUCACUAUCACCGCAGAUUGGCAAGUAGCUAAAAUUCAGGAGAUCCAAUCUCAGAGUAUUUCAGGAACUAUACCGCGAAGUGUAGAGAUAGAACUACAAGGCGACCUUGUUGGCACGGCAUGUCCUGGAGAUGUGCUAUCUGUCACUGGAGUAGUCCAGGUCCGCGGGGAAAGCAAAGGUGGCGAAGAUGGCAAAAGAGCAGCCAGACUUCUCCAGCUCUACAUAGAAGCAGUUUCCGUACAUAGCCAAAGGAAUCUCAGCAAUCCAACUCUGGCCUUUACUUUGAAGGACUAUUAUGCGAUACAGGAAAUCCAUGCUUCAGAGGACGUGUUCAGACUGUUAGUCCAUUCGUUGUGCCCCUCAAUAUUCGGCCAGGAAGCAGUGAAGGCGGGACUCGUUCUAGGGUUGCUUGGCGGGACAGAGUACGACAAUGGUCCCCGAUCUAACCCGCACGUGUUGGUCGUCGGAGAUCCCGGGUUGGGCAAAUCUCAACUACUGCAAGCAGCAGCCCAUGCUGCACCUAGAGGUGUGUACGUGUGCGGUGCUUCGGCCUCAGCCGGUGGGCUGACAGUGGCGUUAGGUAGAGAAGCGGGCGGGGACUUCGCUCUUGAGGCAGGCGCUUUGGUACUUGCUGAUAAAGGAGUCUGCUGUGUUGAUGAACUUGACAAGAUGACCGCACAUCACAGUAGCCUAUUAGAAGCUAUGGAGCAACGGCGAGUGAGUGUAGCGAAAGGCGGCGUGGUGUGCAGCUUGGCUGCGAGAGCCACCGUGCUGGCUGCGGCCAAUCCGGCUGGCGGCAGUUAUAACCGAGCGAAAACUGUCGCCGAAAACUUGAAAAUUAAUUCGGCACUCUUGUCAAGAUUUGAUUUGGUCUUUAUACUAUUAGAUCAACCUGAUGAAAAAAUUGACGCAAUGUUAUCAGAGCAUGUAUUAGCUAUGCACUCAGGUCAGAAAGGAAACACCUCAGCUAAAACAAGUAAACUCAACAUCAGCUUUAACACCAGCCAAAGUGAUAGUAGUGCUUCGCUCAGCAAAAGACUGCAAUUGAAACCUGGCGAAAUUAUCGACGCGUUGCCAUUAGUCCUGCUUCGCAAGUACAUUGCUUACGCGAGGAGAUAUGUACACCCUAAACUAAGUAAAGAGGCGGCUAAUGCUUUGCAGAAUUUCUAUUUGGAAUUGCGUGACAAUCACCAAGACGGGCGUGAUGGUACACCAAUUACGACUAGGCAGCUCGAAGCUUGCAUCCGACUGACUCAGGCUAGAGCAAGAGCAGAACUCAGGGAAGAAGCGACGGUCAAUGACGCCAAUGACGUCAUAAGCUUGGUGAAGCACAGCUUGAUGGAUACCUUCAGUGAUGAAUUUGGCAACAUUCAACUGUCGAGGUCUAUCAAUGGCUCAGGAGUCAGCUCAAGAAAUAAGUUGAAGAAAUUUCUGGAUGUUCUUACUAGACGAUCUCAUCAAUUAGGCAAAGAUGUGUUCACACGGCAAGAGUUAAUUCAAAUACACAAGUCGGCGGGAGUCGCGGGAGACGCCAAUGAUCUUAUAGAAGCUAUGCACAUACAUUCAUAUUUGCUGUUAAAAGGAUCCAACACUUAUCAACUUAUAGCAAUUUAAAACUUUAGUUAAGUACCUUCCUAUGUAAUUGUUCAUCAAUAAAAUUAUUUUAUUAAAUACUG